CGUUGCUGCAAUGAUUCCUGUACCAAGAUCAUGGACAAUCUUUCUGAUAUUAUCUUUAUCCACAUCGCUUACCAGCCUGGCCGUUCCUCGAGUAAGCAACGAAAUCAAUGAAAAUUUCAACACAGAUGACGACGUUCUUCGAAAGAAUGAAAAAUUGCUAACCGAUCUCCUUGACAGCAUGGAACCAACCGCUACCACAGCUGAUGAGGCGGGUUCGCUGGCGAGUACCUGUCCCAGAGAGAGCGAAAAGUUCAUGACUUUUCUCGAGGAUAUUUUAAAGUGUAGAGACGACCUGGGGGACCGUUUAGGGACGAUCGUGAGCAACCAUUUGGACGAAGUGGACUUUGUCGUAGUUGGAUCAGGGAACGCGGGCAGCGUCGUUGCUGCACGUCUCAGCGAAAUCCCAAAUUGGAAGGUCCUGCUCCUGGAGGCCGGAGGUCCGGCGCCAACUGCCACCGCCGUCCCAGGAAUGUACUUCAACUAUCAAAACUCCUCCAUUGACUGGAGUUUCCGUUUGGAACCACAAAGUAACGCCUUCCUCGGACAACCGAACGGAUGCGCUCAAUGUCCCAGAGGAAAAGUUUUAGGGGGUACAAGCGUCCUGAAUGGAAUGAUGUACAUGCGAGGCUGUGCCAAGGACUACGACGGGUGGCGUCUGCCUGGCUGGUCCUGGGAGGAAGUGCAGGAAUUUUUCCAACGCAGUGAGAAUAAUAAAGAGGUUGGCUCCUGCAUCGUAGAGCCGGGGCAUCACGCAACCGGAGGACCACUUCCGGUCGAAAGGUUUCCACACCAGCCUAAGCUCGUUUGGGAUAUUCUUGCGGCUGCGAAGAGCCUGGGAUUCUCAAUUGGCGAAGAUCUGGGGGCAGGGUUCAAGCCUGGUUUCACGCUGGCGCAGACGAUGCAGAACCAUGGAAUCAGGAUGAGCGCCGCCAAAGCGUUCCUGGAGCCGGCGAUGGGAAGAAAAAAUCUUCACAUCAUUCCCAACGCGAUGGUACUCAAAGUGAUCGUUGACCCGAAAUUAAAAAAGGCCGUCGGCGUCGUCUACGAACGACACGGAGUCACGCGAGUGACUAAAGUCAGGAAGGAAGUGAUCCUGUGCGCCGGUAGCGUGCAGUCGCCGCAGCUGCUGAUGCUUUCUGGCAUCGGACCUAAAGAACAUCUCAAAGAUCUAGGUAUUCCAGUGAUCAAAGAUGUUCCAGGCGUCGGUACCAAUCUCCAAAAUCACGUCUCUGUCUCUGUGAACUUCAAAGUGGCUGACGAGCCGGCGACGAAUUUACUGGACGUUGAUGCCGUGAAGGAAUACAUUCUCGGUAGACGCGGACCGAUGUCCUCGACGGGAUUAUGCCAAGUCACGGGAUUUUCUUACUCAACCAUAGGGGUUCGGGACGGAAGACCACACAUACAGUUUUUCUUCGAAGGUUACAACGCGAACAACUCACGGACCGGUGAUCCGAACGAGAUAGCAUAUCCGGGCGGACGACGAUUCAAUGUCGUCCCGACUCUAGUGAGAACGCGAUCCAGAGGCGUUUUGAGGCUGCGAAGUAAGAAUGCACACCAGGCACCAAAGAUCUAUGGGAAUUACUUCCAGGAUGCCAACGAUAUACCCCGACUCCGAGAGGGUAUUCGCAUGGCGAUUGCACUCGCUGAAACGGAGCCCUUGAAAAGGGUUGGAGUCGAGCUGGACAGAACUCCGGAUGAGAACUGUCUUCAUCAUCAAUUCGAUAGUGACGAUUAUUGGGAUUGUGUGAUUCGUCACCGAACAAACCCGGAGAAUCACCAAUGCGGCACUUGCGCCAUGGGAAUAUCAGCAAAUCCAAUGGCAGUGCUCGACCAUAAAUUACGCGUUCGUGGAAUACGGCGACUCCGUGUCAUUGACGCCUCCAGUAUUCCAGACAUUGUGUCCUGCAAUAUGGCCGCACCUGUAAUGAUGGUCGCUGAAAAAGGUGCUCAAAUCAUCAAGGAAUAUUGGCAGCCUGAUAAAAGAUCAAUAUGCUAAAAUUCGUAGAUCUACUGUUUACGUGAAACUUUUCCUUUGUGAAAGGAAAAUUAGAUCAGAAUAACUCUUCGUCAGAAAGCUCGCAGCUUUGCCAGCGUAAGGUGACUUAUAAUACGAUUAAUUAUACUUGCAUAUUGUAUAAAUACGAACUUCUCCACACACAGCGAGUGCAAAAAUGUUCUUGCGUAUUACGCUACUAUUUACGAUAGCAAAAAGAAAUGAACGACUGCAUGAACGAUAGAUCAAUACUAGUUAUUAUACCACAAUACUG